AGGGCCGACCCAGGGCGGGCCGUCGCAGAGCCUCCGCCUCCUCGGCCUUCUCCGGGCCCGGGCCCCAGGGUGAUUCGCAAGCGGGACAGGCUGAGCGGCGGCGGGGAGCGUAGGACGCGAGGCCCUGAGGCCGGGAGAGUGACAGGCUGCCCUUCGUCGUCAGCCGGGGACGAGUACGCGGCCACCCUCGCGCCGGCCCGGCCACGACCCCUCGUCCGCAGAGAUGUCAGCCGCCGGCGUCCGGGGCCUGAGGGCCACCUACCACCGGGUCCUCGAUAGAGUGGAGCUCAUGCUGCCUGAGAAAUUGAGGCCGCUGUACAACCACCCGGCAGGUCCCAAAACAGUUUUUUUCUGGGCUCCAAUUAUGAAAUGGGGGUUGGUGUGUGCUGGAUUGGCUGACAUGGCCAGACCUGCAGAAAAACUCAGCACAGCUCAGUCUGCUGUUCUGAUGGCUACAGGGCUUAUUUGGUCAAGAUACUCACUUGUAAUUAUUCCAAAAAACUGGAGUCUGUUUGCUGUUAAUUUCUUUGUUGGGGCAGCAGGAGCCUCUCAGCUCUUUCGUAUUUGGAGAUAUAACCAAGAACUAAAAGCUAAUGCAAACAAGUAAAAGAGUUCCUGAUCAUCCCAACAACGUAGCUGUAGCCAUAACCACUGGGACCUAGUUUGACUUAUUAUUUGUUAUUGGUAAGGUGAUGCUCUCUAUGCUAAUAAUUGGGACGCAUUUUAAAAAUCUAACUUAAAUAGAAACUAGUACUCAAUCCAGCAGAAAAAUAAAGCAAAUUUUUAAUAACAGUGUCUCUCUACAUAUUACUUAAGGAACUUAUCUAUGGGUAUUAGUAACAUUUUUUUCCCACUCUCUUCCUGUAAUAAAUCAUACUUGCUCAUUCAUA